AUGGCGCAAACACGAGGAAGGUGCGAUGGGCACACCGAGGAAGGCGCGAUGGAUGGUGUAUUUGUUGCUGCGGCGGUCGCGGUUUCCAAGUGGGAUGGCGGGGUCGAGCAACGCCGAACGAAGCAAGUCAGGUACGAUCUACUGCAAGACAAGACCACUACGCAGCAAGCAGCAGGCCAGCUUCAGCUUAGGUGGUUGAGCGCGAAGAUUCCCAGAAACACGCCCAUCUCAAAGGGCUACCGAGCCCAAAUAUACUUCCCAACCCAGUCGCAGCUCUCCGCCAGACUUUUGGGCUAA